UUGACAAAUGAUCUUGUUCUUCAGGGUUCUACCAAUGAGGUUUCGCAGCUUUUCUUCGAUCGUGUCCUCGCAGAUGUUCCUUGUAGUGGAGACGGUACAUUACGAAAAAAUCCCGAUAUAUGGUUGCGUUGGAAUCCAAACUUGGGUCUCUCCGAACACGCCCUGCAGAGUCGUAUAUUGCGUCGAGGCUUGGAAUUACUUCGUGAUCCAAUCGGGAAUGAUAAAAAAAAUUGUGCUCGUUUGGUCUACUCCACCUGUAGUUUUAAUCCCCUGGAAAACGAAGCCGUGGUGGCCAGUCUGUUAAACGCAUGCCAAGGAACUGUUCUUCUGGUUGACCCAGAAAGAUUGGAUUGCGUGACUGCGGAACUGGAUACCGGCGGUGGGAGGAAGUUCCGAAUCAGACCAGGGCUCUCAACUUGGAGAGUAAUGACACGAAAAGGCGUGUGGUUCGAACGGUUUGAGGAUGUUCCCGCAAGUUUGCACAGCAACAUCCGACCAAGUAUGUUCCCUCCAACCAAUGUAUCUGAACUGCACUUGGAUCGUUGUAUGCGUGUGGUGCCUCACGACCAGAACACGGGCGGAUUUUUCAUUGCAGUCCUAGAGAAAGUCGCUCCCUUACCCUGGGUUAAACAAUCACAUAUGAUGAAUAAAGUCAAUCCAGAAGCUCCGGUGAACCACGAAAAGACUGAACCAAAACCUACUAUUACACCAAACGAAUUGUUAAAAAAACCGCGAAUCUUAGUUGAGAACCCGUUCACCUACGUUGAUCCGAGCUCCGAUGAGGACUGGGCGAAAAUUCGCGACUAUUACGGAAUAAUGGAAGAGUCACGUGCCAAUCGUUACAUAUCCGGUCGUUGGUUUUGCGCGUCCAAUCUUCUCUAUCGCUCUGCUGGUGAAGAUGCUUUACGUCGUCGUCAGUUCUACUACACUAACCAUUUUGUGAGGGAUCUGAUUGUGCACAACGCAUGCCGAGACGGUGUGGAUCUGGCGGAUGCUUUUUUACCGGCUACUGGUGGACGACGAAUCUUGCUUACCGAGGAUCAGUACUCGGAUUUGGUGCUUCUUCUCGAGGAGGAAAUGCCGUUACUGAGUCGAUUUAGUGAAGCCACACAAAGUUUGUGUACUGCAUUGAGUCCUGGUCCUGUUCUAAUCGAGUAUCGCCCUAGCGGUUCAUCUAAGGUUCGUGUUUAUUUCUAA